UUUCUUUUAAAAAAAAGAUUCAGCUCAAAAUAAUCCGUUUCAAACCCGCACCCACACUAUAACAUGGCCCCCACUCAAAACAGAAGUGAUUUCCAUCAUAUUAAAGUCAUUUAAAUAAUGAUUUGACAAAAAACUAAUAGCUUAGUUAUUGUCUAUUUUCUCUAUCUUAAAACUCUGCCUUUGUGCAAACCUGAAAACGAGGUAUUUACUGAAAUGUUUCUAAAAACUGAUAAAAUGUUAGACUAAAGAUGAAAAUUACUUGCAAAAACGUCAACGAAAGAAACAAUUGUCAAUGACUUAAAUUUUGUUUAACUAGUUCAGUGAGUGUUUUCGCUGUUGUUGCAAAAGGAAGCAGGAAUACAAGCUGUUUAAAUGAUGAUGCUGGGUAAUGUGUAACAAACAUCUAAAGAACACAUCAUUUGCUCGCCUGCGCCCAUUACAAGCACUCAUCUAAACACACAAUAAAGAACGUGGGUUUUAUUAGAAAGCCAAUAAACUAGCAAGGAUUUCCUUGUUGACACCUGGAUUUAAUUAAAGUUUAAGCCAUGUCCAGGAAGUAAAAAGAAAAAAAUCAUAAAUAGGGAGGAUAUAUUCUGGAUAGUAUGCUCACAUAAAAACAAACGAACAGACUGCCAGAAUGUAAAAAAAUCACCCCCCCCCCCCACAAAAACAAGGUUUCACGUCAAACUUUUCAUGUCACAAAGCAUGGUUUGGGAGUACAGUACACCAAAUAAAAAGCAGAAAAUGCUUUACAACACAUUAAGAAAAUACUUUACCAAUUAAGGCAUUUUAAACUCUAUACUUUGUAAUAAGAAUAUGUCCCUAUCAUAUUUACAGAAAUCUCAGUAUUUCUUACCCAUUUCUACAGUUUUUAAAGGUUCUGCGUCUCUUUGUACAAACAAGGAAAUAUAUGCAAAAAAGUGGAAAUAAAAUACAUUUAUACAUAUUUGAAUGUCUAUUUGAGUGCAGUUAUAAGCAUAUUGUAAUCUUCAGAUACUAAUUUGGUUAUUUGUGCAGCAUAAAUAAUAUUUUGGUAUUUUAUGUUUUCAUUAUUCAAAAUGAAGCCAGCUACAUCUAAAUCUGUGUCUCCAUGUGUCUCAACAAUCAGAGGAUUGGCUCAACCUCUCUUUGCUUGAACAUCUGAGUCCAGUGGGGACAAAAAGGGGGAGAAAAGCUUUAUAGUACAACCACAACAGAAAAAGGUUCCCCCCCAUAAACCGCUGUGGCCUCCCCUGGGUCACUGCUCCUUUCCAAUGGGGGACAGAACACAGAGUGGCAAAUAUAAACAGCGGGACGGCUGUGUUGAGGGAAAUUACCUCCCUGAACCGCUGGCACGUGGCCAGCAAGAAGACAUUCAUCUGUUUCGUAUAGAGUCUGGCUCGCGAGAUGAAGGGGUGGGUGUAGUGGGGGGUGGAUGAGACGGCGAAUGAGACAGGACAGAGUGUGAGGCGAUUGCAGACUGCGAAGCAGAGCCGGCGAGAGAGGGAGGCAGCGGGGCCACAACAUCUGAAAGUUUUAAACCUGUGAUCGCUUCAGGUGAUGCAAAGCAAGCCUGGAGUUCCUUCCAGCAUGUGGAGGGAAAGCCAAGUCGGCAUCAUGGAUCGCUACAGUCUGGGACAGAUUUAACUGCUGUGGCGGGGCGUUCAGCUUCAUUCUUAUGUGGAAAACGUUGCAGUAAAAGGAAGCAAUAAAAGCUGUGGAAGAAUAUACAUAGAAAGUUAAGAUUGAAAUGCAUUUGGCUUUGAGCUGCAGCUUGGGAAGAUACUUAAAGGACUGAGAAGCAAAAGGAGCUCAUCAAGCACCAACCUGGGAAAAAGUGGAUGAUGGGAGAAUUAGCUGCGUGGGAAAGCGAGGACCUCUGUGUUCGUCUUGCUGUGGAAGUUCUGCUCGUGAUGGGAUUAUUCCAGAUCUGGAGUUUCCUGCAGUGGCCCUGCUAACUUUGCACCCUAAAUCUUUCAGCCAUCGUAAUUUCAAAGACUUGUCAUUCUGCUCACGGGACGAUGCAUGUUGUGCACCGGCCCUGAGCGGCCCCAGCAGACCCUGCGCCUUCGCCUGCGGGACCCAGUGACCAUGCUGACCGAGCGUCUGACAGCACAGAGAUCAGAGCCACCGCCCACGCUUAGGCCCGCCGCGGCAUCAGCAGCAACAUGUUUCACCCGCUCAAUAACAGUUCAGAUGCAGACGAGGAGCCCGAGGCUCAGCUGAGAUGGGCCGCCCUCCUCAUCGUCAUGGUGAUUAUCCCCACCAUAGGAGGAAACAUUCUGGUUAUUCUGGCCGUGUCGCUGGAGAGAAAGUUGCAAAAUGCCACCAACUACUUCUUGAUGUCGCUUGCGGUCGCCGACCUGCUGGUGGGACUCCUAGUGAUGCCCAUCGCACUCGUCACUAUUCUCUAUAACUCUAGGUGGCCUCUUCCAGAUUUUCUCUGCCCAAUCUGGCUCUUCCUUGAUGUGCUCUUCUCUACAGCGUCCAUUAUGCACCUCUGUGCCAUCUCACUGGAUCGCUACAUCGCCAUCAAGAAGCCGAUUCAACACAGCCAAUACAAAUCCAGAGCCAAAGCCCUGGCCAAGAUCGCACUCGUUUGGCUCAUAUCCAUUUGUAUUGCAAUCCCAAUCCCGAUAAAAGGGCUGAAGAAUCUUCACGACAAGAAUAUCACCUUCAACAGUAAUCACACAUGCCUGCUGAAACCAAACACUUUUUCAGAGUUCAUCAUCUUUGGCUCCCUGACAGCAUUCUUCAUCCCUUUGACAAUCAUGAUGAUCAUCUACCUUCUCACCGUGCAAGUGUUGCGCAAAAAGGUUUAUUUGCUGCGGUCAAAGGUGAGCCAGCGCUUUAGCUCCUCACCGAUCUCCACAGUUUUCCAAAGCGACCCGGCUUUAGCUUCUCCUCAAGCUGAGCAAAUGAACAUGUUGGAUAUCAGACUUCCCAGGCAUCCAGAAAAACCAAAUGCGGAGAUGAUGACCGCUCCCACGGAGAAUGAAAUAUCCUUCCGCAGAAUGUCGACGAUGGGCAAGAAGUCAAUGCAGACUCUGAGCAACGAGCAGCGCGCCUCCAAAGUGCUGGGCAUAGUCUUCCUCCUGUUUGUCGUCAUGUGGUGCCCGUUCUUCAUCACAAACAUCACCUCUGCUCUGUGCUCCAGCUGUGUUGAGAAAGUUAUUUCCCGUCUGAUGGAGAUCUUUGUCUGGGUUGGUUACGUGUCAUCAGGGAUCAAUCCUCUGGUCUACACACUUUUCAAUAAAACCUUCAGGGAAGCUUUCACGCGCUACAUCACCUGCAACUACAAAACCUGCACGAGGGACAGGCUGGGACGGCAGCUUGGCUCGACUGCUGCAGACUGGAAUCUUACAAGCAUUUCGUUUAAAUCUUCCAUGGCAGAAAACUCAAAACUGUUCAUGAAGCGGGGAAUGAAGAACGGCAUUGGACGAGUGAGCUACCAAAGUCCACUAAGGUGCCAGCAGGCUGUGCAGUCACCAGGUGGUGUUCUGCUAAACACAAUUCUUUUGACUGAAAAUGAAGAUUUUAAGCAGGAAGAACAUGUAAGCUGUGUAUGAAUAGAGACAAAGAUGAUGUGGUUUGGUUUGGUGCAUAUUCAAAUUCAAAGACAAAGGCUUACAAACGAUAUGAAAAAAAAGAGACUAAGAUUGGAGUCUGCACUUAUGUGACAUAAUGAUGAGGCAACAAAACCUACAUUUCCUUGCAAAAGUUUUACAACCCCUUUAACAUUUUCUCAUAGAGUACUGGAUAAUUAUGAAAUGAAAGAAAAAAGUUUACAUACUUUUACAAAAUGUUUUACAAAUUAGGAUAUAAAAAAGCUCUGGACAUUGACAGGGGCAUCCUAACAAACAUAAUUUGAUCUAAACCUCAGUCUGUCUGUUCAGACAUAGUUGAGUUCCUCUGGUUUAUCCUGCAAUUAGCACCAUCUACUUUCAAAUCCACAUUCCUAUUCCUAAGAUGUUUCCCCAAAGCAUGGUGCUACCACUACCAUGUUUCACCCUGGGGAUGGUGAGUUUGGGGUGAUGUACCGUCUCUGGCAUGAAAAGUCAACAUUCGUCUCAUUUGACCAGAGCGCCUUCUUCUCCAUGGUUGUGUUGCGCCCCCUACAGGCAAUUUGUUGCAAUUUAUUUCAUUUAGGGGUAUCAUUUCUUUCAACUUUACAAUAAUCAAGGUAAUCUUUAUCACAUUAAAAAUCCUCAGUACAGUGCAUUAAUUUUGAGAAUGUAAUUUGACAAAAAAAAUCUGAGGGCUUUCAAAACUUUUGCAAGUCAGUGUUUCUUGUUGCAUCAUCUUUGCAGUGGGCCUUUAAAAACAUGUUAUUUUUACCAUGUAAUUUGUUGAUAUACUUGAAGAGAAAGCUUCAGUUUCCAGACAGUAUUCAGAAAAGAGCUGGAAAAAAAAAGCUGCAACUGUUUCACUAAACGAGCAGAAUAUGCUGAAUAGGAACCCGUUUAGGCCAAAAGACGUGACAACCUGGGAAAAACUCUGAAUGCUGUAUAUAAUAAUAUAUUCCUCUGCUGAUCCUUAAAUUUGGACUGUCUAAAUAUGCUGUAAACCCUCUCAGACCACAUGCUUACAUUUUAAAACAAUAUGAAUCUCUUCUGUAAAGGGCAAAUUCUUUGAACUCUUGAUACUUUUUAAAUUUGAGAAUGAUUGGGACGUUCUCCUGUAUGUGUAUUGCAGCCUGCUGGUUUGAAAUGUUAAAAAUGGUUUUGGAAUGGCAGUCUGUACAUAUGAAUGAACAAAGAGAUAAAAUGGAUUCUGAAUGUUCUUUAAUAAAAAAAAUACUUCGUUUUGC